UAAGCGCAACAAAGGCGCAACAGCACGUCAUUACGUCACUUUAAAAGCAAAUCAACAAAAGUUCAGCAUUUUCUAAAUUAUUCGUUUUAGUUUGAAAUUUUAUAUUACGUUUUCUAAUAUGGGUGAUAAUAAAAAUAAGUGUCCGCCUAAAUGCCCGCCGCCGUGCGAACCAUGUCGCACCAUCAACCUGGCAAAACCUAUCAAGAUGGACAAACCUGAUAUGGGAAUGUAUGAAAAAGACUGCUCUGGAAUCAAAGUACAGUGCCCACAACCAGACCGCCCGCUGAGGCCAACUUGUAUCAAGGUUUGCACCAACGAACAUGAGAAAGGAAAAGGAGUUCCGCGGCCGCCACCGCCGCCCUACUACGCCCACGGAAAGCUCAUGUGGGGCGUCAAAGCUGGGAUCCUGGCAGGCGCGAUAUACUUUACGUACAAACAAGGGGUCUGGGGUGAUCAGCGAGAGGCGAUGGAAUGCCUGGACCGGUGGUCGGAGUACGCGAAGAGCUUGAACACGCGCCGCCCUCCCCAGUUCGAUAAAUGUGGCAACGUCAUUAAAACUGAGGGUGGGGUGAGUUUAUUGCAGCCCGUGUACAUUAUCUACAAAGAGGUCAUUACAACGUGCUUCUCGGGAGUCGUGAAAAUCCCCAUGAUGAUAAAGUGCGCGUACACGGACUAUGUGACCGCACUCGAGAGGCACUGGGACGACACCAAGAAAAAGGAGUUGGAAAAAAAGUAGAGUCAAAUUUUUAAUAGUAUAUGUAGCACUUUUUAUGUAAAUGCAGAAUAAUAGACGGAACAUGAGAUUUUGUAAAUGGUUUAUUCAUUGUUUGUAUUUUUUAUUAUUUUAAAAAGAACGAUGUUUUGUAAUAGUAUUCAUAUUUACAAUAAACAAAAUGAAAACA